CCGCUACGAACCAUAUUCAACACUCACAACAAUUCAAAAACACAUACACACAACCAAAAAAACAAUAGUUCCAAAAAUGGCACCUUUUGUAUUGACAGUGUCACAAGAUGGAACAGGGAACUACAGAACAGUACAAGAAGCCAUUGAUGCCGUGCCACUCGGCAAUACUCAUAGGACGGUGAUAAGGAUAUCGCCGGGAAUCUACCGGCAACCACUAUAUGUUGCAAAGACUAAGAACUUCAUCACUUUCGCUGGUUUGUGUCCUGAGGAUACUGUUCUGACAUGGAAUAAUACUGCUAAUAAAAUUGAUCACCACCAAGGUUCUAAGGUGAUAGGGAAUGGAACUUUUGGUUGUGGUAGUACUAUUGUUGAAGGGGAAGACUUUAUUGCUGAGAAUAUUACUUUUGAAAAUUCUUCUCCUCAGGGUUCAGGGCAAGCAGUGGCAGUUAGAGUAUCAGCAGACAGAUGUGCAUUUUAUAAUUGCAGGUUCCUUGGAUGGCAGGACACACUUUAUUUACAUUAUGGAAAACAAUAUUUGAAAGAUUGUUAUAUUGAAGGAAGUGUAGACUUCAUUUUUGGUAAUAGCACUGCACUCUUGGAGCAUUGCCAUAUCCACUGCAAGUCUGCAGGGUUCAUAACCGCACAGAGUAGAAAAUCUCCGCACGAAAAAACUGGUUAUGUAUUCCUAAGAUGUGUUAUAACAGGCAAUGGAGGAAGUUCAUAUGCAUAUCUUGGAAGACCAUGGGGACCUUUUGGAAGAGUAGUCUUUGCAUUUACUUAUAUGGAUCCUUGUAUAAAAUCUCCUGGUUGGAAUAAUUGGGGAAAAGUUGAGAAUGAAAAAAGUGCUUGCUUCUACGAAUACAGGUGUUUUGGACCGGGUUUUGUUCCAUCGAAACGCGAGAAAUGGGCAAGAGUGUUGAAGGAUAAAGAAGCUGAGCAAUUUCUCAUGCAUAGCUUCAUUGAUCCAGAACCACAAAGACCUUGGCUUGCUCAAAGAAUGGCCUUAAGGAUUCCAUAUUCUGCUUAGAAAUUAUGUUAAGGACACUUGAGAGACAUGAUUGUGAUACAAAGUCUAAAACUAAAAUAAAACACAAAUCUUACAAAGAUUUGAUGUUUUUAAAACAAGCAUGAGUGGACAAGAUAAAAUGUUAUAAUUUAUCUAAUUAUUGUGAUGUUUUUUUUUAUCUGUA